AUGGGUGGUUCUGGAAGUACACCUAUUGACAAUGACCAUCUUGUUGAUGAAUUAAUUUUUGAAGCAAGUAUUAAAUCAAAAAGAAAUGAACUUGCUUUUAGAUUAGUUGACAGAAAAAGAUUUUUUCCUCAAUCUGGAAAAAACAAUGCUUAUUUAUUACAAGCUUGGAAAGCUAGUGAUGAUGAUGCUAUAAGAAUUCAUCUUUCUGCUCCUGGUGUAUAUGCUAUGGCAUUGGAGGCUUUAAAUAUUAAAAAAGGACUAUCAUUUUUAAAUAUUGGUAGUGGUACAGGGUAUUUUAGUACGGUUGUUGGUUUUUUGCUUGGAAGUAAUGGUAUAAAUCAUGGAAUUGAAUGUCGUGAAAACAUUACUGAAUAUGCUAGGGAGAAAGGUAGUGAAACUUUAUUAUCAAAAGAAACGUCUCUUUUUGAUUGGUGUAGACCUGUAUUUGUUACUGGAAAUGCUUUUGAUAUUGAUGAAAAUUGUGUCAAUAGAUAUGAUAGAAUAUAUGUUGGAGCAAAAGUUCCUGAAGGGAAAAAAUUAUUUUUUCCAAAAUUAUUAAAGAUCAAUGGAAUUUGUGUUAUGCCAUUCCGUAAUGGACUUUUUAGAGUAGUAAAGAAAAGUGAAAAAUGUUAUGAAUUUAAGUUUAUUGCCCGUGUGUCAUUUGCUGAUCUUUUUCCUAGUAAUUCUGAAGACAGUCAGCCAUUAAUAUUACCAGAUAUGAAGUUGCCUACGCUUGCUACGGCAGCUGUUAUUGUUAUUAGAAAAAGACUUCGUGAGAAAACUUCUAAAAAAGUAAAAGUAAAAAUGAUUUUGAAGACAUUAGACAAAGAAGAAAAUAAACCAAGACGUGUUAGAAGUUUAAUGAGGGAAGAAAUGAGAAGAGAGGAAAAUGAAAGAAUUCAAAGGAUUAAUCGUAUAAGAAUGCAAAGAGCGCAACAAACUACUAAUGAUCAAGGAGGACAAAACCAGCAAGGUCUUAAUCCUCCAGUUCAAAGAGAGCCAAUAGCUCCAAAUGAAAAUGUCGUUAUAAAUCUUGAUGACAACGGAGUCCCAAUAGAUGAUCCUUUUGAAAUUCGUGAUGAAGACAGGAGAGGUGAUCAAUUUGAUUUUCUUGAAAUAUUUGGAGAUGUUGAUUUUAAUAUUAGAUUUAGAUCUCCGACUCCUGAUCCAAGGCCAGGACAAGGGGGAACAGCUCAAACUCAAGGUGGUGGUAAUAAUUCUAAUAAUGAGGAAAACAAUAGUACUUCAACAAAUUCAUCAACACCUUUUAGUGAAUAUUCUGAUGAUGAUCGUACCCAAUCACAUAGUGAAUUAUACGAUUCAGAAGAAAAAAUGGAUGAUGAUAGUAGUACUAAUAAAGAUGAUGAAAAUAAAAAAGAAGUUAAAAAAAAUAAAAAUCUUGGUACAUUUUCUGAUUAUGACGAUGAAGAUAAUGAUGACGACAGUCAUAAUAAUAGACCAUCAAGAGGUGGUGGUAGAAUUCGUGUCGAAGCGACGAUGGCUUUAGAUUUUGAACCUGAUGAAAGUAGGGUUCGUGUUUUUAGAGAUAUUGCUACUCAAGAACGUCAAAGUAUUGAAGAAAGGAUAAGACAAAGAGAACGUUUUUAUGAAAAUCGUGAUAGAGAAAGGGAAGCAAAUGGUUUACCAAAUCGUCGACAAGGUGUAAAUAAUCAAAUAUUUGCUAAUUUUCUUGCACCAGAGCCAUUUUUAAAUAGAAUGAGAGAUAUGGGACAAACUAUAAAUGAUUUACAAAGGCAUGCAAUGUAUCAUGUUGAUCAUAUGUUACGUGAUAAUUUAUUAAACCGAGUUAAUCGUAGUAUCAAUUCAAGAUCUAGUAGUAGUAGUAACAAUAAUCAACAAAGUGUAUCACGUCCACCACAAAUAAUAGCUAGUCGCCAGGGUAUUGAUAUUGGUGAGUAUGUUAGAAGAGCAAGGGAUCAACGACGUUUAAGGAGAUGUUUGUACUCAUUUGAUCAAAGAAUAGGAUUUCAUAGAUAUGGUGGUUGGAAUGGUCCAAAUAAUCAUAUUGAUGAUGGAUUUUUUGCUGAUGCUGAAGAUGUAAGUAGUAGUGAUCAACAAACUUUGCCAAAUAAUAAUAUAGGAAAUAUGAGGAGAUAUAGGAGAACUAUACCAUCAACUCGAAGUGGAAAUACUACAGGUUCUAUUGAUCGAGUAGAAGGUUCUAUAAAUCCUUCCUUAAUUUUUGAAUCAGGUGAAGGUUUUGAAUCGCAACGUCCUGUUUCUAUUCCUUAUCAACCUAGAUUCUCACCAACAUCUUUUCCAUCAUCAAUUAUGGUUGAUGAAUUAGAUCAGGAAUAUGGUACACAAGUUGUUAGUAUUCAUGAUGGUCCUGAUCAAACACAAAUUACUGUUGAAAGAAGAGAAUUGACUAUGUCGUCUGAUGACGAUGUUGAAACUGAUGAUGACAAUCAAAGUAGUUAUGAAGAUGAUAAUAAUUCUUCAGUCAAUGAACCAGAUGCAAAAAAAUCAAAGAAUGAUGAAAAUUGUCCGUGUAGCUGUGAAUGUCAUUCAGGUAAGGAACAACAAAUUUCUGAAGAGGUAAAAGGUGAACAUAUUCUUCAAUCAGAAGAUGUCCUAUCCGAUGAUACUAAUGAUGCUAAUGAGAUUAAGUCAGAUGAUAACAAAUUAAAUUUACGUAAGAGAAAAAGGGAUACAAUUAGACAGGUUAUUAUUAAAGAAGCUGAUAAGAAAAAAAUAAAUAAAGGAAGAAUUAUAGUUAUAAAUCCUAAUGACGAAAAUCCAUCAUGUCGACCAUUUGCUCCAGAUGAAAAUGAAGAGAAACAGGAAGAAGAUCCGGGUCCAAGUACAAGCACAAGACUUUCUUCUUCAGAAAGUCAACAAUCUUCAACAAGACCGGGUCCAUCUUCUAAUGAAAGUUUUAAUGAACGUGUAGAACUUGCUAGAAUGAGAAUGAGAGUUAGAGUUGCUGCUGGAACUCAAACAUCACCUUCACGUGAUAAUGUUAGAAGAGGUGUUGAUGCUCAAACAAAUACGGAAUUUUCACCUAAUAGAGUAUCAUAUGAACCCGGAUAUCUUGACUUUGAAAGAAACUUUUUUUCAUCAAGAGGUUGGGAUCCAAUACCAUUAACUGAUCCUAUUCGUGAUACAAUUGUAAGAGGACCUAAUCAAACAUUAAAUCUAGUUCCAAGAUAUAUUCCACCACCAGAAUCCAAUCGUCAUGGAAUUAAUGGUCAUGGAUCAAGAAGUUAUUUAAGAAGGCGUAUACAUGCAGUUGAUGAAGAAAUGAAUCGUCGACUUCAACAAAUGCAAAGAACUUUAAGAGGACCGUUUACUGCUACCAGAAGAGUAGGUAUUUUAGGUGAUAUUGAAGAUGAUCCUAGAGAAUUAAGUAAUGAGGAAAGUGAGAGAGUCAAUCAAACAAGGGAACAAAGGGAAGAUAUUACAGAUUUUUCUGUUAAAUAUAAAGGAUUAAUUGAAGGUAUGAACUUAUGUAGCACUAUGGUUAAUGAAUUAUUAUAUUUAUGA